AGCAUAUUGGUAGCUCUAGACUAGUCAAUAUCAGCGCAACGCGCCUGUGACUCUUCAAGCAGGCAGCUACGACAUGGCUGAGGAAGUUGAUUUCGAUUCCAAAGAAGAUUAUGAGCUGUACAAAAGGCUCAUGAGUGAGCGCAGCCGCAUCCAGCGAAAGGAAGAGAGAGUGAAACAUACUAAGGCACCAAAAGCUCGACCGCUCCAAAUGCAAAGACUAGAGGAUCGGGAACGAGGCUUUCAACUUCAUUUUGCUGGGGCCAAUGAAGAGCGACUGAAGCAGGCCAAGAGACGGCAACAACAAUCUCCACUGGCGCAGGUGCAGACUUCUGAAGAGCCACAAAGGAAGGAGUGGCAAAUGAAGACGGUUGAGCUACAUGGAAAGGAUGGAGAGAUCUAUCGUUCUUCACCCCAUGCUGGGAGCGCGCAGGAAGUUGAUGAAGAGAUCGACCAGGAGGAUGAUAGAUCCGAAGAGGAAAGCCGUCCAAAUAGUGCCAGCAACCAUGGUCUUGAUCAGGAUACGCGGGGAGUGCUGCACCUUAUGAACGCAGCCAAUCAGCAGCAGCUGUCUUGGCUCCGCCAAUCUUUGACGAGCCACUUUGAACACAGGGUCCAAAGUGCAGGGUCGGGUCUUCCACCUCAGCCCCGGUCAAGGCCUGCAUCAGGGUCCAUUACAUCGAUUGCAGAUGCCAUUCAGGCGGAGAAUGCCAGAGUCAGAGGACAGAAGCUAUGUGAUUCAUCAGAUCCAGAGGCUGGUGCUACUUCUGAUAGGUAUGGUGGUGAUUUCACUUCAGGCGGAUCAAGGCCAUCAUCAAGGUCUUCGAGAAGCAGACUUCCACUAGGACCUGAGGAAGCAGCGCAAUCUGCACCUCCGUCAGUUCUCGCUAAGGCGAGCUCACAGCCGAUUGUUUGUGUUGGCUCUUCUAUGACAAGCUCUGGUGGCUAUCCAGGCACAAGGCCAACAGAGCUUGUCAUUGCACCACAAGCUCCAGAGAUGCCUGAACCAUCACGGCAAAGUGAUUGCGUGACAUUUCAAUCUUUGGAUUCGAGCAGUUUUCCUUCAGAGAUUUUUGAUCGAGUAAGCCGGCUUGAUGCGAAGAAGCAAAAGGCCCUUAUGAAAGUCUUGGAAUCUCUGGAGGCUGAAGAUCCUACGUGUCCUGCAGCUGCAUCUGGGCUGUCCAAUCCGCUCUCUGAGGCAGAGCUCCGCAUAAGAGUCGUCUCAAACUGGGGCGAUAUGAGGCAAUGUGGGUUCUCACUGAUUGAAGCUUUGGACUCCGCUGCUGAGGUUGUGAAGAUUCCUCCUGCUGCACUCUCUCUUCAUGGUGCACAACAGGGAUCCACAACUCUAGCUCGUGUUGUCGAGAGAGCUUCUCGAAGCAUGUGGCUGGCAACCGUGUGCCAAAGAGCACAUUCUGCAGGACCUGUUUGUGGUUUCGAGCCCUUUGAUCUCAAGCUCAACCUGCCACGAAGUUCACGAGUGGCUGCCUUGCGGUUGUGGAACUUCAACAGCUUGGACGGGCUGACAAAAGGAGUGCGGGAGAUCGAGGUUUGGCAACGCAACUUGAUGGUUUGGACUGGAGAAGUGCCAAAGGGCACAGGCAGUAUGAUGACACCGCUUCUGAUCCCAAUACAGCCAAGCUUUCCAGAAGAGUUGGCCAUGGCAAAGUUCCAGGAUCAGACAGCGUCCUCUUCCGCAGACCAUGCAAAGGAUAUUCCCAUGUGGCUGCCUUCGCAAUCGGAAGCUUUGGAAGGAUCGUCCACAUUGGAAAGGUCCGAGUGGUCAGCAAGUCAUUCUCGACUGGAAGAUGGUCAAGAAGAACUGCUGCAGUCGCUACAAGCCCUGGAGCUUUUUCGCUCGUCGCAAAGCCGAAGGUUCUUCCCUGGUAGACGACGAAGCGAAUCAGAGGAUUCGAAGCAAGCGCUGGAGCCUGCUCCUCCAGCUCCCUCUCCAGCCCCAAUGGGUUUUGCAGAUACUUGUGAGCAGCUGGUGGCAGAGGCAGCAGCGAUGGGGCUUGAUCUUCCUGUUCGAACCUUCGAUGGAACCGACGUGCUGGAUAGCUUGAUGUCAUCGGAGCCACGUGUUAUGGGUUCAUCCCUUGUUGCCAGCCAACUCAGCCAACUUCAAAGCGCGGUAAUUCCCACUCUUCCUUGUGGAAGGCAAUUGGUUUUCAACUGCGUGUCCACUUGGGGUGACAAGGACUUUGUAGGUCUUGCAGGAAUCGAAUUGUUUGAUGGACGUGGCUUUCCAGUCGUUUUGAAAGAUGUUGGUCGCCAGGUCAAAGCAGAUCCUCAUUCCAUCAACGUCCUUGGCGACUACGACCGUGAUCCCCGUACUCCAGACAAGCUCUUCGAUCAGGUCAAUUUGACUCGAGAUGACCUUCAUGUCUGGUUGGCUCCUUUCUUUGGUGGCCGAGCUCACACGAUCACAGUCGAUUUGGAAUGCGAGAUGGAGAUCAGCAUGAUUAGAGUCUGGAACUACAACAAGUCUCGCUUGCAUUCAAGCAGAGGUGUGAGGGACAUGGAGAUCCUGCUGGACGGUUUCCCGAUUUUUCUGGGUGAGAUUCGACGAGCGCCCGGCGUGCUAACGGAGCCCGAAGAGGCCUGCGAAGUGAUUCUGUUCACACAGGAUGAGUCUGUGCUUGAGGCUGUUGCAGAGCAUGACUGGCUUCCGGCUUGUCUUCCGCUGGACUCCGAAGAGGAGGAACCUGGUGAGGAGGCUGACGGCAAAGCUGGGGAGGGAAGGCCGCCAACAGCAGGCUUGCAGGUAAGCUACGUUGACUCGCCCAGGGGGCAGAAGACUCCUCGGGCUGGUCUGGAUGGAAGACCUAUGACUCGAGCAACAGAGCGACAAAGACCUCGAGGGAAGGUGUGUAGCAGUCUGACGAUUACUGUCCACUCGACGUGGGGAGAUCAGUUCUAUGUUGGUCUAACAGCACUUGAGGUUCUGGACAGCUCGCUGAAUGCAAUUCAACGUCAUCAGGUGAGACUUGAUGCAUUUCCAAGAGACUUGAAUGACCUGGAGGGAGUUGAUGAUGAUCUUCGAAUCCUGGACAACAUCUUUGACGGGGUUUGUUGUACCACUGAUGACUCUCACAUGUGGCUCGCUCCCUUUCUCAAGGUGCCCAACAACUCCGUCGGCGAUGCUUCUGAAGCGAAUCAGCGAAAUACAAUCCGCCUUGACUUCGCCAACCCAUGCGAGGUGGCUGGAUUCAACAUUUGGAACUACAACAAAAAUAUGGAGGACACUUGCAGAGGCAUUCGAGAAUUUUCAGUGCAUUGUGAUGACAGGUACGUUUCAACAUUUCUUUGUCGGAAGGCUCCAGGUCACACCCAUUUCGACUUCAAGCAGCUGGUUCUCCUUGAUCAGCCUCCUUCGGACACUGUGAGACGUUCUGCACGGGCCGCUCCUUUGCCUUCCCGGUCUGCAAGUAGGCAGCGAAGUAAAGCGGAAGGCCGUCCUCCACAGGGCCGGCCACCUUCUGGAUCAAAUAGAAGAGCUCCUGAACACAUUGAUUCUCCUCUUCGGCAACAGUAUGAGACUCCCUUGCAUCCUUGUGGCUUUAUUUUCAAAUUCCUUUUUCACACCACGUGGUCCGAUGUGCACUACAUCGGACUUGACGGAAUCGAGAUCUAUGAUCAAAUGGGUCGAGGAUUGAGGCCGAAGCGGGCAUACUCAAAUCAUGGGAGUGUCAGGGACUUGUGCGGAAUGGAAGCCGAUGUCCGCUCAGAGGACUCACUUCUCAAGGGGGCACCGCAGAACUCUCGCAUGUGGCUGGCCCCAUACUACCGCCUACCUGCAAACUUUGUGGAGCUUGUUUUCGAUGAGCCGACACAGAUCUCUGCCAUCAAGUUCUGGAACUACUCCAGGACACCUGGUAGAGGAGUGCGAGACCUUGAAAUCUAUGUGGAUGACUUGCUCGUUUAUCAAGGAAUCUUGCGCCAGGCAUCUGGUCAAGAUGGAGGUGAAGCUGUUCUCUUCACCGACAACCCUUUGAUCCGAGAGAGGGAGCGCUCCCUCGUUUACAAGCCGAGUCCAGAAGAAUUGAUUGCGUUCUUUGACGAGAGUGGGCAGUUGGAUCAGCACUCUGGCAGCUGCACAGACGCCUCACCAUCUGAGCGCCCGAUGACGGCAUUGACUGCGACUGCAUGACCGCGCAACGCAAAGCAUUUGUUAUAAAAGCCAGCCACUAGCCUAGGCUGAAGUUGCUUUCUGCGAACGAAGUGAGUUGUCUAGGGGGUAGGGGA